UAUGGACAAAGCAUAAUUAAUGGUUUUUGUUGGUCAAGACUCAAGCGUGUUUUCUCUGAAUGAAUAAUUUUUCCUUUUUUUUUUUGGUUUUUUUCCAUUUAUAAGGUACUAAUUUUGUCUAAUUUAACAUUUUAGUUUCCAAUGUGUCAUUAUUAUUUACGAUAAAUUUCCACAGAAAGCGUUUUUUGACAUCUUUGUGAGCCAAAUUUUGUGGACAAAACUUGUGUUCUUCUGCAACUUAACGAGGUAUCAUUACUGAGAUUCUUGUUCUCUAGAAUUCUACCAAAAAAAACUUCAGAACCUAUAUAGUCUUUGCUACAAUCUAGUGGUCAUUAAGUAAUUUUUUGAAUUGAAAGAUAAUAUACAUUGCAAAUUUGCAACUGCACAGAGAUAUGGCAGGAAGAAGCUGCAGCUUAGAUACGCGUGGACUUGAGUCCACAGAUCUUAGAAUAGCUUUUUAUGAAAUGAAGGAAGAUGUGGAGAGGCUAGAGGGAGAGUUGGAUACUGAAAGAGAAGCUACUGCUUCGUCAGUGAGCGAAGCCAUGUCCAUGAUACGUAGGCUUCAAGGCGAGAAGGCGACCCUUGCUAUGGAAGCUAGCCAGUACAAGAGAAUGGUUGAGGAGAGAAUGUCUCUAGCUGAGUUGUCGCUGGAGCUUUUGGAGGAUCUGAAUUACCAGAAAGAUGUUGAAAUCAAGAAUCUUGAGUGUGAAUUACAUGCCUACAGAUGUAAGCUUACGAGCUUGGGAUGUAACGGACUUGAUGAGGACUAUGUGAGAUUUUGCGAUAGGUCUCAAACGCCGUCUCCUGAAUCGAUUAUGACAUUUCCUGUUGAGAAGGGAGUUAUAGAGCAGAGCUUGGAUUCAAGAAGGGAUAAGGAGAAGGACAAAGAUUUGUAUUGGGAGGAGAUCAAGAAGCUGGAUGAGCAAUUGAAAGAGCUUAAGGUUUUUCGAGAUUCUUUAAGAGAUCAGUGCAAUACUUUGAAGCAGGAGGCUGAAACUAAGAAUGGAGAAAAGGGUUUGUUGCGUAAACCUGAUUUGUCGGUGAAAAAGAUGUCCAAGAAUUCAUCAAAACAGAGAAGAGAUCGAAGCGUCAAAAGAGAUCAUGCGCGGGGGAGUUGUUCUGCAAACGAUGCAGAGUAUCAGGCCGAGCUGCAUCAGUUGAAAGAGAGAGUAGAGCUGCUUGAGCGGGAAAAAUGCAACGCAGAGCCAGCUCAAGCUAUUGUAGUAAAGCAAGAAAAUAUGAAUCUGCAGCGAAAAUCAGAAGAAGAGUUAAGUUCUGUGCAAUCUACAAUGUUUGGUUAUGACUCAUCUACUGUUUCUGUUCAAGAGGCUAUGCUUUACUUCUGGCUAUAAGACACGCCUUCUUGAGAUGACGAGGGCGAGUAUUCAGACGUUUGAGAAUCUUAUAGUGUGUUAUUGAGAUUAGUUAAGGCGUGAGGUACUUGAAUUUGUUUUUUUUUUAGCUUGAAGUAAGAUCCAUAUCUUCUGUAAAGUUUGAGUCUUUGAGAAAACAAAUCUUCUUCUAUUUCUAGAUA